AUGCAAGCUGUGCCCCAGUACGCUGCAACUUUUAAAGGAGGAACCACUGUACAGCCCCCCUACACCCCACCCUUACAGCCCCCCUACACCCCUCCCUUACAGCCCCCCCCAGCUCCCCAGCUGCCCUGGUCCUGGCAGAGUGGACAGAGUUUCGAAAGCCAUUUGAGGCCCCUGUUGGAGCCAACAUCCCCAGCACCCCCCACCCCUUACAGCCUCCCUACACCCCCCGUUACAGCCCCCCGACACCCACCCUACAGCCUCCCUACAACCCCCCGUUACAGCCCCCGACACCCCACCCUUACAGCCUCCCUACACCCCCGUUACAGCCCCCUACACACCACCCUUACAGCCCCCCUACACCCACCCUUACAGCCCCUAACCCACCUACAGCCCCCCACAACCACCUUACAGCCCACACCCACCCUUACAGCCCCCCGACACCCCACCCUUACAGCCUCCAUACACCCCCUACAGCCCCCACACCCCACCCUUACAGCCCCCCGACACCCCACACUUACAGCCCCCAAACACCCCACCCUUAACAGCCCCCCGACACCCCACCCUUACAGCCCCAAACACUCCACUUACAGCCCCCCAACACCCCACCCUUACAGCCCCCCAACACCCCACCCUUACAGCCCCCAAAAUCCCACCCUUACAGCCCCCUACACUCCACCCUUACAGCCCCCCAACACCCCGCCCUUACAGCCCCCCCUACACCCCACCCUUACAGCCCCCUACCCCACCCUUACAGCCCCCAACAACCCACCCUCAGCCCCCGACACCCACCCUUACAGCCUCCGACACCCCACCCUUACACUCCCCAACACCCCACCACUCUAG